CGGACAUUGCAGCUAAAGUUAUCUGGAACAGUCGGCUCCGGGCAGCCGGGAAACCCAGCAAAAUAUGUUUUGAAAGUGAAUAAAUGAGAAUAAAGAAACUAAACAUCACCCUCUUACUCGUGCACAAAAAAGGAGAGAAACAGGGAGAUGGAGAGAAAGGGGGAGGGAGUCCAUUCAAGCACGGAUAAUUAGAGGAGUGGGUCACUGUCGGAAGAUCGCAUUCGACGAAGGCAGGAGGAGAGGGGAAAGCGAAUCAAAGCCGCAUAACAAUAUCAGAGGAAGGGAGACAAGAGCCUUAAUCACCGGCGCUGACGCCCAGCCUUGGCAGAUGCGAGCAGUUCCCUCCUCCAGCUCUCAGCGUCCAAUUACAAUGGACGAGCUGAGCCUGUGCGGACUGUGAACCGCUGCCCAGUCAAAGAGCGAACCGGCCAGAGGGAGGGAAGCGAUGUUCCAGCGCAUCUCCCUGCAGUGAUUUCAAGUGGGAUUUUUUGAUUUUUUAUUUUCAUUGUUAUUAUUCAAUUUUUAUUUCUAAAUCCUCCGAGCAAGUGGAAAGACUGCUGCCAGAGAUUAAGAGUGCGCAAGGAAACGGUUUGUCUCUAAAGGCCUACUAAGAAACCAACAUGACCCCCUUGUGGUUCUGCAGACUCCUCCUGAUCAUCCUAGCCUUCAGCCCUCCACUGUCCCUGGGAUGUCCCUCCAGCUGUCGCUGCUACAGCCUCACAGUGGAGUGCGGAUCCCUGGGGAUCAAAGAAAUCCCAAAAGGCGUCCCUUCUGUCACUGAGACUAUCUUCCUCCAGGACAAUGCCAUAGUGCAAAUACGUCUUCAGGACCUCACUCGCUUAGGAAGCCUUCAUUACCUGUACCUGCAGAAUAACAGCAUUUCAGCCCUGGAGCCCGGGGCCUUUCUCAGCCAAGGGCAGCUGCUGGAGCUGGCUCUCAAUAGAAACCUCAUCCACCUGGUCACCCCUGACAUUUUUAGGGGUCUAGAGCACCUCCGGGUCCUCUACCUCGCCGGCAACCAGAUUACUAGGGUCCAGGACCAUACCUUCAGAGGACUGCAGCGUCUGCAGGAACUUCACCUGCAGGAAAACAGUAUAGAGCUGCUUGCAGAGCAAGCUCUGUCUGGCUUGUCAUCACUGGCCCUGCUGGAUCUCAGCAGGAAUCACCUCCGCACUCUGGGAGCCUCGUCCCUCAAACCGCUUGUCAGCCUGCAGGUUCUCCGAGUCACAGAGAACCCAUGGCGCUGUGAUUGUGCCCUUGGCUGGCUAAGGACUUGGAUCAGCAAAGACGGACAGCGCCUCUUGAGUUCUGCAGAGCAGCGCCGUCUCAUGUGCUCAGAACCUCCUCGCCUCUCUCACCUCAGCCUGGUGGAGGUUGCUCCCAACAGUCUGGUCUGCAUCCCUCCUGUGGUGCAGCUUGAGCCAAGCCACCUGACUGUGCGACUAGGAGAGAGCCUCCGAGUGUCCUGCCAGGCCUCUGGAUACCCUCAGCCGCAGGUGACCUGGAAGAAGGCCUCUCAUGGUAAAGCCCAAGUGUCACCUCGAGGCCUAGUUCAGGAGCUGGGACCCAAUGGGGAGCUGUUCAGGCCUGGGGCUGGAGGGGUGGUGACAGCCUUGCCCAGUGGUGGAGGAGUCAAGAUGGGAGGAGCCGGAGGAAUCCAUGAACUUGUGCGUGGGACUGAGGAGGGCGGCGAGAGGGACAGCUUUGAUCCAGACAUGGGCAGCGGCAUGCUGUUCCUCAGUAAUGUGACUGUAGCACAUGCUGGCCGCUAUGAGUGUGAGGCCUGGAACCCAGGCGGAAUUGCCCGUGUUACCUUCCACCUGGCUGUCAACAUGUCCGCUUCCUCAUAUUCAUCCCAGUUCUGGCCUCGCUUGAAUACACAUUCCUAUAUUUCCUCUUCGUCUAACUCAUUAUAUCAACCAGAGGUUCUGGAUGUAAGCCAGGAGCCGCUGUAUGAGCAGGACAGCAUGGACUUCAGUGCCCUGGGCCCUGCCACACAGACUGCUAUUGCUGUUGGCAUCUCAUUGCUGGCACUAACUGCUGUGCUACUCUUGAUUAUGAUCUACACCCGUCACCAGCAGUAUCAAAAGGAGGACAGUGGCUCCUACUGUACCAGCAAGGAAGAGAGCAUCCUCUAUGUGAACGACUACUCUGAUGGACCCACCACCUUUGCACAGCUGGAAGAGUACCGCGAUGACCAUGGCCAUGAGAUGUAUGUACUCAACCGGGCCAAGCCCGUCGUUGGUUCCACUUCAUCAAGGUGUCCCAUGAUGAGUGGCUUUGUCCAGCAGAAGGGUAUGAAGGAGGCUCUCCUGGACCACGAAAUGGUGCAGACACUCACAAGAUCAGGGGGAAUGGGGCUUCGCAGAAACCCCGCAGACGGAGGAGAGGGACCCCUAACGACGGACCCAGAAGAGCUCUUCCUCAGUCAGAGUCUCCUCUUUGGCUCACAGGUUGCCUACGAGAUUCACUGCUAAGGGAGUUUUUACAUAGUGACAUGAAAUGAAGUGCUGAUGGACCCAAUUAAAGACAUUAAAGGAAAUCAUCUCGGUGCAAUGAUUUGAAGUAUCAGAUUAUUAUCUGGCCUACCAAAAGAGAGGAGAGUGUCUGUCAGCAGUUGCUGGGGGGGAAACCUGGAUCACAACCGGGCUGCCAGUGAUCCUCUACUGACUGAUUGUAUGACAUGAUGUGUCAGGGGGCUGAGCAGUGAGUGGAGAAAAAAAAAAACAAGUGAACCAUACCUUUCCGUCUUCAAAUCAACCCUUUAAAGAUCAUUUUAAGUGGCUGACCUUAUCAUAAAUGGUUAGUAUGACAGUUAAAUCCUCAGAAGAGAGGGUAAAACUCUACAGCACAGCGUGGCUAAUGGUCCGUGUUUUGUACUGGUUUCUCUCUUUAGGUUUCAUUUUCCAUGUUUUUGUCUGUGUUUUUGUGUAAAUAUAAUGAAGCUAAUUUUCACUGUGAAGUACGUUUGUUUUGUGGACCCUGCUGCAGAUCAUAUUAGAUCUAAAGUUAUUCUAUUACAGAAGCCGCAUUAUCAUAUGUGUGUGUGGGUGGGGUGGGUGGAUUUGCAGAAAAAGGCACAAUCUGAAUGCAACAGCUAGUCUUUUUUUUUUUUUUUUUAUGUCUGUACCAUAGCCUUGUAUUCCUUGAUGUCAUGUUUGUUUUUUUCUACCAGUUAUUUGCAAAGCUAAAAACAAAGAUUUCUAAUGCCUGAAAUUGAGUCUAUGAAAGCAUCCAUUCCAUGAAUAUCACCCUGUAACAACCAUACUAAUGUGACUAUUGUACAUUUUGUCUUUGGUUUCUGCAUAAUAAAAUGUAUUUUAAAAGA